ACAAACACGCCCGGGGUGGCGCUGCGAGUUUGUCCUGUUCGCUGCUGCGUCGUUUGCGUUUCUUCCCGGAGCGGUUGUGAAGCGAAAAGGCGUAAAGGGAAACAAUCUUCAAGAUAAUUCGGGAAUACUGUUGACAAGGAGUGGGGUCGCUUCGACUCCGCAGUAACUUGCUCCGCCGUCCCCGGGAGGUGCGGGCUGAAGAAGGGCCGAGAAUGCGGCCCGUGGACCCGGCGGAGGAGGAAGCGCCGGAGGAGGUGGAGGUGCUGGAGCCCGAGGAGGACUUCGAGCAGUUCCUGCUGCCGGUCAUCAACGAGAUGCGGGAGGACAUCGCGGCGCUCACCCGGGAGCACGGGCGGGCGCAGCUGCGCAACCGGAGCAAGCUGUGGGAGAUGGACAAUAUGCUCAUCCAGAUCAAGACGCAGGUGGAGGCAUCGGAGGAGAGCGCCCUGAACCACCUGCAGGCGCCGGGCGACGGCGGCGAGGGCAGGGGCACGCGGCGGGGCGAGCGCGCCGAGGAGAAGGCGCAGGAGGUCGCGAAGAUGGCCGAGAUGCUGGUGGAGCUGGUGCGGCGGCUGGAGAGGAGCGAGUCGUCGUGAGCGGCCGCGUUACCCAUGUGACCUGAUUGUUUUCUGGAACUGUGGAACACUUGAAGACUUGGGGUCAGACUCUUCCAACUUUAGAGGUGCAGUGGAAGGCACGACUUGGAUGUAGCUGGUCAAGAACGUGGGAAUGAGACUGCUUUGGAUAAGACUGGGAAGAACUAGAAGACAGUUGGCGAUGGAAGAUGGUUGUGUAUGUGUUUCGGAACUUUGGUCCUCUGUGACACAGAGGAAGAGAGUUACGUUCUGUGUUAUAUUGUCUGGUGUAUGUUUUGUAAUCUGUCAGGUGAGUUUUUUAGACAGCCUAGCUGAACCUAGAUGACAAGGAAGUUUGAGCGGGGAAUGGUGAAGUAUGCUUUCCUGUUGUACUCCCCUCCGGCGUGACGGGUUUCAGAGUAUCGCAUUGAAGAGACAAUCUACAAAGAGCUGUGAGGGGCUGGAGAAAGGAAAAGGCAUCAUCAGGGCCUAUAAAGUCCCUUCUAGUUCAUCAGCGUAGUAGACCUGACAGGGACUUGAGGCCAAAAUCAAAUAUGUAAUAAGUAUUCAUUUGCCUUGAAAAACAAAGACCUAAGAAACAUUUUUUAAAAUAAAUUUUUUGUUCAAA